CAUACGCUGCGGCCCUCGGCCAUCUAAGCACUGUGUCGCCCCGUCUGCCCUAUUGGCAGAUAUCCAUGGCCGUGUACCCUCUCCUGCUUGCCCCCCUUCUCCAUGUUCUGCUCUCAUCGCGCCCUCCAGAACAACGACAUCCUCCAUGAGAUAUUCACCUGGCUCAGACCCCACGUCCUCCACGACGACCCGACACCAGAGGAGGAGGAGCGCAGGAAGGACGCCAGGCAGGACCUCCUAAGCAUGGCGCUCGUGUGCAAGACCUUCUCGGAGCAUGCGCUCGAUGCGCUCUGGCGAGAGCUCGACGAUCUGCUUCCCGUAAUGCAACUCUUUACCGAGUCCCACGACCUGGAGGGCGACGGCAUCACUGUCGGUGGCCUUGCGGGUGGCCUUGCGGGCGGACAGGACGUAUCGCACUUCAACCACCUUAUCUCUGAGCACGAGUGGACGCGCUUUCGGCAUUAUGCCAGAAGAGUCCGCAUAAUCCGCUCCUCUGGCUUCGGCACGUUCGAGGCCUCUAUGCUCCUCCACCUUGGCCGCCGCAACACCGGCAAGGCUCUCUUCCCAUGUCUGCGGUGUCUGACGCAUACAGUCAGAUCCAAUCAGGACACUGGUCUGCUCUCAUUAGUCACACCGACUCUCGAGGACGUCAAGCUCGAGUUCUGCGGCGAGACCUGGAGUGGGACUGAAAACAUCGAGUCGCCUGCGAUCGCACGCAAGGUGCGGGACUACGCCGUGCAACUGUGUCUGAGUACGGUGUGUUCCAACGUCCCAGAACUGAGACUCCUCACCAUCACUGGCCUUGGCCGCAUAUCGUCUCUAGCGCCGCUUCUCCCCUGCGCUCACCUCGAGGAGCUGCACGUCCAAGACGCCGUACUCGGCCCCCGAUCCCUCCGUACCUUAGCCUCCAUCGACAGCCUCCACGAACUCGACAUGUCCUUCGAGCUCACCGAUUACGAGUUCUCUAGCUGCAGCGGCCUGACCAACCUGCGUAGCUUGUCGCUCUCUGGUCCCAUGUACCAAAUCCCGACCAUCCUCGACAUGGUCUCGUCCACGCACGUCCGCACAGUCCGCAUAGCCGACCCCUCGAACAAAGCGACCUACAAAGAAUGCACCGAGUGCGUCCAGGUUGCCUCCAAGUUCCCCCUCCUCGAUGAAUUCUUCCUGGUCGCCGACAACGGCUUCUCAUUCUCCGAGUCCCUCGACGGACCACACUUUGUCAACACAAGCGUCCCACUCACCGAGCUUAUCAGGCCGCUCCUUCGGCAUCGCAGCCUGCGCACGCUCUCCAUAAGCCGCUGGCAACCAGGCGGGUUCGGCUUCAGCGACGCCGACGUGGAGACACUUGCCACCGCCUGGCCGGGCAUCGUCACGCUCAUGCUCACCGUGAACCGCGCCGAGGCGGUCCCCUCCUUAAACGCGCUCGUCGUCCUCGCGCGGUCAUGCCCCGCGCUGCGCACGCUCGAGCUCCCCUCGAUCACGAUCGCGUCCGCGGAGCAGCUCCGCCCGCCGGACCCGCCGCCGGCCCCGCACGGCCUGCGCACGUUCGAGGUCGGCGACCCCGACCGGCGCACGGAGGACUUUGACGCGAAGGAGCUCGCCCGCUGGCUCGUCGCCCUCUUCCCGCGCUUCAGGAUGCCCGGCGACUGCGAGGACUUUCCCGAGUUCCUCGCAAAGCUUCUGGGCGAGCUCCAGCGCUUGCAGAGCGAGGCCCCGUCGACGGCUCCAUCUGAGCCUGAGGAGGAUGCGGUGGCGGCGGCGGAACAGGAGGAGGAGGAGGGCCGCGCUUCUUCGCCUUGAGCACGGCGCCACAAUCUGGACUCGGGUCUAGCUGAUCUGGAUCUCGGCGCAUGCCUAUGCCAUCCGUGCUUCUGUCUGGGACGUGCAGGGGUGAUCGAGCCUGCGUUUGGGGUCGACGUCCCGCUUUUGCGUGUAAGGCGCCCUUUGUGGCGGCGGCGCAGCGCAGAUCGUUUGCCACGCGUGUGCGCGACGUGGAGAAGCAUGCGGGACGGGGUGCGAGGCACGCGAAGAGCGGCGGGGCGCGCCACCUGGCUGUUCGCAAGGAGCCUCAGCUGUGCGCG